UGUUUACAUUAUAAUUUACGCGGCGCAGAGUAGCUAUAAUAACCGCUAGCGCACUGAUACGCUUCUGCAUAUUUGCAUAUUGCCAUUAAGCCAUAAAGUCUGUUUACCAGGGCCACAGUGCAGCCCUCAGCUAUUGCGAUACGCGCGUCUAUAGCUUCUUCUUCUAUACCUGUGUAUAACGUAUCAACGUAUGUAUAAAUCGUAUACACACGUACGCGCCCACGCGAGCUUGGUAUUGAUAACUCACACACGUAUAAUGUAUCUAUAUAGGCUUUAGCGGCGCUGUCGCGCACAGACGCACAUAUCACGAUGCGGAGGGAGGAGCGCGCAUAGUGUUCCGUCUGAUUGUUCACUUUGCGGAAUCGCAAAACAAAGCUCUCUCAUACGUAUACUUAAUUUUUCUUAGAUUUAGCGGCGCUGAUCGGCGAACAAGUGACUCUUCGGAGCAAGAAACAUGGCUGUGACCAGUAAAAUCUCGUUCAUCCUUUCGGCCAUCAUCACGGUGCUCCUGUUCUCGGGGAUGCAGAUGUACAAAAGUUGGCUGAUAUCUUCCAAACUGCAUAUUGUCUUUGGGGGAUACAUCGGAUCUCUGGUAUUUCUAUUUCUACUCACUGCACUGGGCAAUCUAGAAUCCAUUCUGUUUGGCAAAUCGUUUCAAAUGAAACUCUUCCCUGAAGUGUUCAUGUCACUGGCUGUGUCCCUAGUGGCCUCUGGAUUGAUACAUCGUGUUGCCACUACAACGUGCUUCCUAUUCUCUGUGGUUACUCUCUAUUACAUCAACCGUAUCUCUCAGGAGACAUAUUCAACGGUUGUACCUCCCGUGACCGUGCACACAAAAAAGAAAAAGUAGAUGCGUAGACUUUUUUCAACUUUUUUACUGAUAAAAAUUAUAAUUCAUUAUUGAUAAUUCGACAAUAAAAAUUCUAAUAAAAACAAUAUCAUCAAA